AUGUCAUUUGGGUUGAAAAAUGCUGGGGCGACAUAUCAGAGGCUCAUAAACAAAGUCUUCGCCGAUUUGAUAGGGAAGAACAUCGAGGCCUAUGUGGACAAUAUGGUUGUAAAGAGUAAGAAGGUGGAGGAGUACAUAUUCGACCUAGAAGAGGUGUUCGUCACCCUACGAAAAUAUAAAAUGAAGCUCAAUCCGGAGAAAUGUGUAUUCAGCGUAGCUUCAGGAAAGUUUCUGGGUUUCAUGAUCACUCAUCGGGGGAUUGAGGCUAACCCUGACAAGAUUCAGGCUCUGGCAGCAAUGGAAUCACCAAGGACCAAGAAAGAGGUUCAAAAGUUGAUAGGCAGGGUAGCUACCUUAAAUAGGUUCAUGGCUAGAGCAGCAGACAGGUGCUUCCCCUUCUUCAAAGCCCUCAGGGAUAAUCAUUGCUUUGAAUGGAAUGAGGAGUGCGAGAAGGCUUUUCAGGAGCUCAAGCAGACAUUGGAAUCUCCUCCUAUCCUUACCAAACCCGAGCCCGAAGAUACUCUUUAUUUAUACUUAGCCGUAUCUCAAAAUGCAGUGAGUGGUGUCUUGGUGAAAGAGGUUAACAGGGCCCAGCAACCCAUUUAUUAUGUAAGUAAAGUCCUACUUGAUGCAGAAACAAGAUACACUUUGGCAGAACAGCUUGCCCUUGCACUGAUAGUGGCAGCACGAAAACUUCGACAAUAUUUUCAGUCACAUCCUAUUGUAGUGCUCACCAAUCAGCCUCUAAAACACAUUUUUCAAAAACCAGAUGUCUCAGGAAGAUUAUUGAGGUGGGUAAUUGAACUCAAAGAAUUUGACAUAGAGUUCAAGCCCCGCCCAUUUACCAAAGCUCAGGCCUUAGCUGACUUCAUUGCAGAACUCACCCCAAGGCCUCGGGGGCAAGAUGGUAGCUCGAGCUCGACCACAGGUGUGUGGUUUGAAUUUGAGGCGACCAAUAAUAAAGCAGAGUAUGAGGCCAUCAUCAUAGCCAUGGAACUCGCCAUAAAUCUCGAGAUUGAAAAUAUCAAAAUUUACAGUGAUUCCCAGUUGGUGGUUGGACAAAUCAAAGGGACGUUCAAUAGGAAGGAUGAGAAGAUGAGUUUAUACUACUUGAAAGUGCAUGAUCUCCAGAGAAAGUUCAAGAGUUGUGGAAUUGUGAAAAUCACUCGGGCUGAGAAUUGUAAGGCCGAUGCCUUGUCAAGAUUGGUGUUCAUGGGAAUAGAUGACCUUGACAGGACAGUCCACGUUAGAAUUGUAACCGAGCUAAGCAUCAAUCAAACCAUAGGAAUCAUGGAUAUUGAUAAAGAGCCAUCAUGGAUGGAUCCAAUAGUGGACUUCAUAAAACAUGGUAAUCUUCCAGAAGAUCCUCGGGCAGCAAGAAGCAUCCGGUCCAAAACUCCGAGGUAUUGCAUGAUUGAAGGAGUUUUAUUUCGCAGGAGCCUCACACUUCCAUACCUCAAAUGCCUUAGGCCUUCUGAAUCAUCCCAGGCCCUAGAAGAAGAUUCAUAUGGGAACCAUCAAGGAGCUCGGGCAUUAGACUUCAAGCCCAUAAGGGGACAAUUGAAGUUUGUGGCUGUGGCUGUGGCUGUGGCUGUAGAGUAUUUCAUUAAGUGGGUGGAGGCCGAGGCUUUAGCAACAAUUUCAGAGCCUAAGUUGAGAAGUUUCAUUUGGAGAUCCAUCAUAUGCAGGGUUGAUGACAGUUUAACGUCGGUUGCCCAUCUUCAAAGUAAUGCUCUCGCCGAAAACGUCCCACAGAACUACUACGGGGAAACCUCCUUCAUGUUGGCUUUUAGUGCUGAGGCCAUCAUCCCUGUUGAAUUUAGGUUGCCCAGCCAAAGAAUGCUUGAGCCCGAUGAUGCAGGACGCACCACUGAACACCUCGACCUCUUAGAAGAAGUUUGUGAUCAGGAAGCUUUAAGAAUGACCUCCUACCAAGAUAAAACAGCAAAGUACUUCAAUAAAAAAGUGAGGAUGCGGAGAUUCAAAGCCGGAGACUUUGUGUUAAGAAGGCCAACGCAGCAGGUCAUGCCCUGGGUAAGCUAG